AAAUUGAGAAUUCAUUGUUACCAAUACAGUAGUAGUUAUUAUUUAUCGCGUGUAUUGUUAAAAAAAAUAGAAAAUUUUUUUUUCUCUUAACAUGGAUAAAAUGAUGAACUCAUCAAAUGAUUGAUCAACCAUCAACAACAACAACAACAAUUAAACACAUACAUUAAAUACAAUUUUCAUUUGGCUACUCAUAUCAAUGAGGAAUAUGUAAAAAUUGAAUGAAUUAAUUCAUCAAUCAUUUUGUUUAAAUUACGUAAUCAAGAAAAGAAUUAACCAAUCAGAUGAUGAGAGGAUUUGAUUACCAAUCAGUGAAUGAUUGAUUUAUUAUUAUUACAUAUAUGCGAUAAAACAGAAAGAAGUUUAGUCAAUGACUAAGUUGCCUUCUAUCCUGUAUUCAUAAUUUUAAAUUAUGCAACAUUUUAAUUCCAUAAUUUAAUAAUGUUGAACAAAUUGAAUAUUAAAAAGAAUUGAACAAUUGAACUAUUCACUUAUAAUUUAUAAUGGAUCUUAUUAGAAAUAUUCUAAGUCGAUUAAACAAUAGAAACUUUAUAUGUUAUGGAAUUUGUUCUAUCAAUUUAACAUAAAUUAAAUAACCUUUUGAAUAAAUACUUAUUAUAAUGAUUAAUGGAUAUCUUGGAUGUAAAUAAAUAAAUACAAGGACUACAAUCUCCUCUAGUCAAAUUAUCUUCCAGUGGUAACAACGAUCAGAGGAUACAUACAUACACGUGUAAACACUCGUUAACUAUCUUUAUUGUAGUCAUUUCUGAACGCCAAGUUGAUAAUCAUUCUGUUACUAUCCCAACAGGAUUGACAACUUUGAAAACAAAUAAAGAAUAUGGAACUCAAAAAUCUAUCGAAUUCUAUGCAUCCCUUAAUCAGUUUAAGACUUUUGUACAUUUUUUAUUUCUUCAUUCUUCUAAGCAUUAUUACAUCAUCUGUUAAAUGUGCAUGUUUACAAUUGACUGAAAAUGAUCGUCCUGUAUUAUUUUGUCAGUCAACAAUACCAUCUUUACCAAUUCCAAGAAAUGAUAUUCCAGCUAAAAUUGCAAAACUUAUCAUUUCAGGAAUGAAUUCUACUGGUCAACACAAUGGAAUUUUAACACGUGAUAAUCUAACCGGUUUGGAAACAUUAACAUAUCUUCAAAUAAGUAAUUUUGAUUUAAAAGAGAUUGAAUCACAUACUUUUUCUGCUAUGGAACAUUUACGUAUAUUAGAUUUGUCAAAAAAUCGAAUAAUAACAAUUAGAUCAGAAGCAUUUGCUGGACCAUCUUUAAAGCUUCUCUCACUAACUGAUAAUAAAGGCAUAAUUUUUGAUCGAACAUCAUUUCAUGGUGCUCAUGUUUUUCACUUGGCAGCUCGAAACUGUGAUUUAACUUCACUAGAUUACGAGACAAUAGCUAAGGCUAAACCAAAACAGUUAAGUUUAUCUGAUAAUAUUUUAACAUGGUUAGAUCCACAAUUCGCUGAACUUGUCAUAGAUCCUCCAAAUUCAAAAAUUCAUCAUUUAUCAACUGUUCCACCCCGUCCUAACCUUGGCUAUCUAGAUUUGAGCAAUAAUCCUUUAAAUUGUGAUUGUCAGCUUAUGUGGCUUUCAAGGUUAGUAGAAAGUCAGUCUUACGAUGCAUAUCAGUAUGUCACUGGUAAAGAUUUAAACAAUAAUGAUCACAAAAAAGAUGUUACUGAUUGGUCAAAUUCACCAACAGAAUCAUCAAUUCGUUUAAUGCAACAUAUGAAUAUGACAUGUGCACAACCACCUGCCUUGGCUGGUAAGAAGUUACCACGUAGUUGGGAUUAUUUUUGUCCAAUCCCAAGUAUAACUGGAAUUGAAAUAAAUAUGUUAAAAGCAAGUGCAGAUUUCGCUCAACUGACAUGUAUUGGUAAAGGUAGACCAACACCAAGUCUUGCAUGGACAUAUAAGAUACACGGACAAAAAGUACAACAAAUUUUAGACCCUUCAGUUAAACAAGGUUCCAAUGAUCAGUAUUUUAUGCAUUCUAAUAGUCAAUCAUCUUUGAAUAUAUUACCAGGGAACAAAAUGAUUGAACGAAAACUUGCAUUAAAUGUAAGUUUGAAUUCAGUAAAUAUUGAAAACUUCACAUGUACAAUAUGGAAUAAUGAUGGGAUACCAUCAAUAUCUUCAGUAUCUACUACAUCAUUGACUUCUUCCGAGGGUAUUAUUAACCCAUUUAAACCUACAUCCCUAAUUGUCCCAACAUCUGAUAAUCAUCAAACCAAAUUUCAAUAUUAUAGGCUUCAUGAAGUUACUGUACGUGUGUCUGGACCUCUGAGACCAUCUGAAUUUAUUAAUCCUGUAAUAAUUGGUGAAUCUUCAAGUUUGGACAGUCGUAAGCAACAUGCUCAGAAAGAUGACAAUGCUGAAGUUUCAAUGUCAUCAUUGACCACAACUUCACAGAUACUUGAUAAACAGAUAACAAAUUCAUUACAAGAGGAAAGUAAAGAGACAUACGGUUAUUUAUUCAUAAAAAGAUUUACAUUAUUAGAAUUACUCGGUGCAGUUAUAGGAACAUUUAUUGCCACUUUAGCAUUAUUAUACUUGGCGACAAAUUGUUUUUCCUGGUUUUGUCAAAUCAAUAAUCAUUUAUCAGCAAAAAGUCUACGUAAAUCACAUUUAGGAUCGCAUAGUAAGUGGUUUUCAUGGAUAAAUAGUAGCAAUAAUAAUAAUGGUCAUUUGUUGAGAGGUAGUAAGCAUCAAUCAGCUAUGAAUAAUAUUGGAUCGCAUCAUUUGAAUCAAAAUGGGAAUAGUUUAGAUGCUAAACUGUUACAGCGUGAAGAUGUAGAAACAACAUGUACUACAUUUGCUGAUAUGGUGUUAGCAACCACUACUCCAAUGCCAUCACAGUUUGGUUCAACAACGAUAUCCGCCCGUAGACCCAAUAUACCACAAGCGUUGUUACUCACAACUGUUCCAAACCCUCGUCUAGAGGCGAAUUCCACACCGCCACCGAAUCCAGCCUACUGGCCAAUGCCUGAAUAUGCUUAUUCAGGGGCAGGAAGCCAUGAAUAUGAUGUACCCAGACCGUUAGAAACAUUUGUUGGUGAAAGGUGUAUUCUAAAACCUGGACUGACAGAAAAUAACAGUUUAAAUCCUAGUGCAGCACAAUCGUUUCUUAGCCUGGCUGCCCAAUCCUUAUUUCCGAUGAAUGGUACCCAGUUAAAUCGUAACGAUGUCGGAAAUCAGCCAAAUAAUGGAAUCUUUCAAACUCCCGCAAAUAUUACACCUCUAACUAUGCAAUGGACACAAACAAUGAAUCCAAUAAAUAAAACAUUGACAAUAAAUCCUAUCAUUUCAUGGCAACCGAAUUUAGUCGGUUCACAUAAUUCAUCUUUGCUGACUGAUAGACAAACACAAAAUAGUAGCUAUACUAAUCAACCAUCAACACAAUCAAUAUUGUAUUCUGCAGAUUAUCCAACCUAUUUACAAACACGUCCAUAUCCGCAUCAUAAAGAGCAGAGCCUACAACAACAACAACAGUUGAUUGAACUUAUGACGAAUUCUACUAGAAAUUACCAAUCAGAAAACUUUAUGAGCACGCCUAUGGAUUUGCCAAGAAAAACUAUCACUUGUACACAAGAAAAUAAGGCUCAAAUAAAUGGAACCAAUAAUUAGGACUAAUAUAGAUCAUAGUGCUAAACCUCCGUCGAUAAAAAAAUAAAUCUCAACUGUUCAUAUAUAUAUAUUAACUUAAUUCAAAGCAUUUUGUUGUGAAAACAACUCUAUUGUAAAGUAAAUAAGAACUCACCGUCUUCUUGAACAGUCAUAUUUAUGUAAAUGAACAUAACUAACCAUUAAUCAAUAUUACAGAGAAAUGAUUUUUUGUUAGAUUAAUCCAUUUGGAUUCAAUGAAACGACUGACAGACAGAUAAAAAAAGAUAUCUUCCUUUCUACAUUCAUUAGAAAUCUCCUCCUCUCAUUGUAGACACUAAACUCUUGUUCUUGCCCCCAUGCUCAAGUAAUUUUUAACUAUUCCAAAGUCUUUCCAAGUUAACUAACUAACAAUAUUCAAAUAAAAUCAAACUCUUUUGUGUAAUAAACAUUUCUCAUUCAUCUUUUGUCUACUACUUUAUUAAUAGUAGUCUAUAUAUAUUCAUAAAUUGUGAAAGUCAAACAUUGAAUUUUUUGUUCUAGUUAUCGAUAUAUUUCGACAAUCAUAAAUGAUAAUUAUAAAAGC